CGUAAAUGAAAAUGAUCCCUUUUUCUGGAACAAGUGGAAACGUUAAGCAGCUACGCAUCCCACACGCCCGCCACUCGUUUCCUAUCCCUCCUCCUCACACAGCGGGCGUCCACGCCGUCGUUAAACCUAUCUUUCCUCCCACUCACCUUCACACAAAUACACAUUUUCCUCCCAAUUCACCUUUACACAGAUAAACACAAUUUUAUAAGAGAGAUUUGAAGAUAAUUGAAAAAUGGCGAUUUUAAUGAUACUGCUAAGCUUCAUUUACCCACCGCCUCCAUCUCUGUACAUCACAGCCAUGUCUGUCAUAAAUUUUGUAGCACUGACUAACGCAGGGUUUAAGGAGACGAGAGGAAAGAACAUGAACUAUUCCAAGUUCUAUAAUGCUGGAUCGUCCCAGAAUAAGGCUAAAAUCUCAAGUAGAAAAGGGAUGUUCGUGAUCUACGCUCCUGCCUUUGUUGCCGGUCUUGCUUCUCUUUGGAUCUUCCGCGAGGAAGAAUUUAGGUUUCGUUUGGUCUCUGCUGUUCUUACCGUCCAUUUCUUUAAAAGACUCCUUGAGGUAAUGUGUGUUCACAAAUAUAGUGGCAGUGUGGACGUGGAAACAACCACUGUGAUAUCCUUGAGUUACUUUACAGGCACGGUAAACACAUUGUAUGCUCAGCACCUCAGCCAUGAAUUUCCAGAGCCACAAAUUGAUUUGAAAACCGCCGGAGUCGUCAUCUUUCUGAUCGGCAUAACUGGGAAUUUCUACCACCAUUAUCUUCUCUCUGCCUUGAGAAGCAAUAAUGGUGAGAAGCAGUACAAAAUACCCCAUGGUGGGCUGUUCAGUCUUGUGGUUUGCCCACAUUAUCUUUUCGAGGUUUUAGGGUUCAUUGGGAUUUCGUGCGUUUCUCAGACAUCGUAUGCAUUCAUGUUUGCUUUGGGCACAGCUUUUUAUUUGAUGGGGAGGAGUGUUUCCACUAGGAAAUGGUAUCUGUCUAAGUUUGAAAACUUCCCCAAGGAUCGGAAAGCAAUGAUUCCUUAUCUUUUUUAGGUAUUUAAAGAGAACCUGCGCCAUCAUGUAUGAAAUGUUUUCAAAGAAAAAAAUGUAUGAAAUUGUCAAGUGUCUUGCUCUGGUUUUUACUUUGCACGAUUGAAAAUUUGAAAUGUAUGUUUUCAUGGCAUUGAGAAGUGCGUGGUAUGAUGGUACUUCAUUGUAUGUACUAGCACAUUAUGUGGUACUUUAGUUGGCUGAAAUAGCCAAAUGAACUCAUGAACUAAUGGUCAGUUUGGUACUGAUUUUUUUGGGCUGAAAUGAUGAAUUGUCUUGAUACUUGAUAGGAAUGUGA